UUCUUCCUCAACCUCCAAAAACACAGUGUAUGUAACCAUUUUUUUCCCACUAUAACAAAGACUCAACAAUGGCGGGUAAAGAGGCAUUGUCAAUGGAGAAUUCAAAAGAUAUUGUACAACCUAAUUGUGUAUUGCUGCUCUCUUCAUGGGUUUCUCAAAACCCAUUUCUUACAAAACCACCAUUUUUCAAGUCCAAUAAUCACAUUCAUAAUCAUCUCCCAUCUCCAAAUUGUAUGAUACGAGAACUCCACAGUUCAAUCACUUCUACUGCUGAUAAAUUCUUGAAUCAUCUUCAUUGUUUUGCUUCUCAAAGUCCAAUUCUCAAGAAUUUACUGUCUGUUUAUUCUGAUUUUACAACACAAAUCACCACCCACCAGGUUCAAUGCAGGGCCUUUAGAAGUCCGGGCUAUCUGUCAAGCCACAACUUUGCUGCUGUGUUACCUGGAGAUUCAGUGGCAGGGAUUGUGGUGGGUAAUGGAAUUCUCAACUUUUUAAACAUUUACAACACUUUGUUGGUUGUAAGGCUUGUUUUGACCUGGUUUCCUAAUUCUCCUCCUGCCAUUGUUAGUCCUCUCAGCACAUUGUGCGAUCCAUACCUUAACAUAUUCCGCGGAAUCAUCCCACCAUUAGGAGGGACUUUGGAUCUUUCUCCAAUUCUAGCAUUCUUGGUUCUAAAUGCCUUCACUAGCGCUGCUUCUGCAAUUCCUGCUGAACUUCCAAAGACCGAAGCUUCUUCCGAAGGAAGUAGUUCUCCACCUCGUACCAUCUUCACUAAUCUCACCAUAUCACAGCAGAAAUGGAUGACAAGGCUUAAUGGAAACAAGCCACAGAGCUCUGCUGGUACCUGUUAGGCCGUUACCAUGAGAGUCUGCUAGGUGUGUAAUUUUUGUAAUAUCAGAUACUGGAUAAUCUUCUUGCUGAAUUGUAGAAAUUCUUUUUGUUAUUGUCGAUGUUGGUUAUACA